AUGUCCGCCAUGGACUGCGGUCCCGGAAGCCUGCCUCCCAGUACAUACUUCCCGCCUCCCCGUCUUCAGACUCAUGUCAAGAACCAAGACUCCAGUCUGUCAUCGGCGAGCCACGGUGUGAUGGCCUCCGAUGACCGGUUCCCAUCCCCACGCCGAUGGUCUCCAACGUUCCAGCCGCGGAGGAGGAGUGGUAGACAGUACCCGAACUCUCUGUCGUUCAUUCCCUCGCCGGCGUUGCCCCAGUCCGAAACCCACGAGCAGGCGCCUUCACUCCGCCGACGUCUAGCCACUCGGGCACCGCUGACCAUCUCGCCAUUUCGAUCAGUGCGAAGAAUGAAAGAACCUUUCCAACUGAUGCUACCGUCGUCGCCAGUCUCAUUGGAUAGCGCACCCGCCUUCGGGGACAAAUCAUUGGAACCAGCAGACCCGGUGGCUGCUAUCUCAUUACGAACCUGGAGUUCCGAUCAGAACUUGAACGCUGCUAGCUUGGAGGCGUUUGGUCUGCUCCCCAGCCCGCCGAUUUCAGAUUCUCACACUGCUAGUGCGGCAGCUGAGGAAUCAUAUUUCGACAGUAAGGCCGAGUCUGAUACCAACACCGAGGUUGAAACGGUGGAUGAGGAUGCAACGCCGGGAGCUGAGGAAUCUAUUAAAAAUAUCGACCAGGAAGAAAAGGUCACAUACAAGGCCUACCGUCCUCCAGGAUGGGAAGACACCGAGCAAGAUCAGCGGAGGACAGACGUGACGAAUGUGCAUGAAGCACAUUCGCAUUUUGUUCGGCAUUGUGAAUCGAUUGAUGAACCAGGCCCCGAGCUUGUUCAAGAUGAGAAUGCUGUAUCUGCUGCGUCUCCAGAGCCGAAGACUGAGCAAGCCUCUAUCCUGGGCAGUUCACCCAGAGUCCAUCGGGCGAGAACGGCCACAAUGUCAAGUGAGGCUAGUUGGAUACCCAGCAACUUCUCCUACUGUGAGCGGUGGCUGCAGUGCGUGCCACACGAUAUGUUGGAUGGUCAAGAUGAGCAUCCACCUGAAUUUAAUCGGCGUCAGUUCCGGAUUGUCGAGAACGAUCCUCCAAUGCCCAAGCUGGACAUCAUUCCCGGGGCCAAAGUUCUGGAUGAACCAGUGAGAUUCGCAGUCGCCAGCAAACCAAAGUUGGUUGAUAUUGCUCGACAAUCCCCAGUGCCUCCACCAUUACCUCCACCAUCUUUAUUACCCACAAAUGCAGUACCUGCCACUCCAAAUCUACGCCAAGUGGAAGUAUCUGCCUUUAGCCCCGAUACUCCCCUCAACAUGUCCGACAGCGGAUAUGGCACUCGUGAUUCCGGCUACUCUGCCGAUAGUUUCCAUGAUGAUAGCAAAGACGAUGAAUCCUACACGGACCCAGGUUCCUUGACAUCAGACAGUGUCACGUCCACCGUGGUCAAUGACAGGCCUGAAUCCGCGCAGGGAGAGCGCAACAUUUCCCCCCAACCCGAGAUUCGCUCUGGUAGCGUCAGCCCCAAGGCAUCAUCGCCCAAAUCCGCUUCUCCACAGUCAUCCGAACUGUCCGAGAAGGAAGAAAGAGAGAACCUAUGGAAUCACGAGUGGACACUGGACCAACUGGACCAUUCCGUGAAAGACUUCCCACGCCAUAUGCUCCGGCUGACAUCACCUGUCGUAAUUCAUAUCCGCAAGAACGAAGAGAAAGCACUUCUUCGACCCUUCCGCACCAUCUUUCCCGAAGUCGCAGAAAAUCUACUGGACUGUCUCUGCGCCGCUCUCAUUGCUCGCAACUACCUCGUCACUCUCUCCUCUAUUCACCGACGCAAACCGUCCCUCUCCCAGCGCAGCGGCACAUACGCCAUUGACUCCGUGCCCACCAAGGCAUACUCCACGCUAGGAAUUCAGCUCCCAUCGGGUUCGCCCGGCCGCAUCAAAGACCGUGUUCUCGGCUCUCGCAGCAUAGAGCUUCGCCGAGAGCUCGAGAAGAUCGUCGACAAUCUACUAUUUGCUAUCUGCGGACGGUCGGAUGCCAUACUGAAAUCGGCCGUCGAAGUUCUAGCGCAGGUCCUUGAAACCACCGCCUUGGAUUGA